CAUUGGUCCAUUAAAAGUCAGCAGUCGUAGUCGGCAGUCGAGUCGGCCUGUGCAGUUGGUAGUCUAAUACUUUAGACCCGUUAUUUUUACAGGUUAGUUCUAAAAUCUCCGCUACACGAACUGUCACUGUUUUUAUCGAAGAAUCGAGGAUGUAGUACGAUUCAACGAUAGGAAACGCAGUUAACAGGGAUAAAUUGAUUAUUGCACAUGGUCCCAAGCUGGUCGCCAUAUUUGUUGUGGUUCAUAAUAUAUGUAGAUACGUCAUUGGGACGUUAGAACUGAAUUGAUUUUAUAGUAAAAUAUUUUUAUUGAGUGAGUGUACUUACACAAUUUUUUAAGUCGUGUGAAAUAUACUUUGUGUGUGAUGCUAUUUGAAUUUCAUAAAAUUAUCAAGUUAGACGAAUCAAAUGUACUGUUAUGAAGCAUAUGUUAAUAUGCUGUCAAAAUUUCAUCGCGCCAUUAUAUAUAUAAAUAUAUAUUAAACAUUUAUAAUUAACAUUUAUAAAUAUAUAUUAAACAUUUAUAAUUAAUAUUUAUAAAUAUAUAUUAAACAUUUAUAAUAAUUUAAAUAUUAGAAUACACACACGGAUAUGCCUUUGAGUGCAUCUGUAUUUGUCUUAUGCAUAUAUAUAUGUAAAUACACAUGAGUACAUAUAUAUAAAAUUAAUAGUAUUUAUGUUCAUAAUGCUGAGUUUACGACAGUGUCUCAUUCAUAUUCGUAUAAGAAAUUGUACCAUCUGUACACGAGCUAUGUCGAACCAUUACCCAAAAGCUAUAAAACAUCCAACAGCAGGGAUAAUAGUUAUUGGAGAUGAAAUAUUGAAAGCUCAAGUGAGAGAUACAAAUUCCUAUUACAUGUGUAGUUUAUUGUAUAAAUGUGGCAUUAAAGUAAAGAAGAUCUCAGUUAUAAGCGACAGUGUUGAAGAAAUUUCAAAGGAGAUUAGAGACGCUUCCAGUAAAUACACUUAUGUUAUAACAUCUGGUGGAAUUGGACCAACACAUGAUGAUGUUACAUUUGAAGGUCUUGCUAAAGCUUUCGAUGAUAAGCUCUAUUAUCAUCCUAAACUGGUGGAUAUAAUAAAAAAUCAGUUUGGUGCCAAAGAUCCUUUGUCUCCUGCUUAUAAGAUGGCUCUGAUUCCAAAGAAAGCUACUCUAAAGUUCAAUUUAAAUAUACGUACAGGCAAGCCAAACGCAUAUCCGUACAUUGUAUUAGAAAAUGUAUAUGUUUUUCCUGGUUCACCAAUAUUUUUUGAGAGAUCUUUCCAAGGUUUAUACGAGGAUUUGCUCUCCGUAACGAGCAGGAGAUUUGUAAAAGAUGAGGUAUUCAUAAACGCCAGGGAAGAAGCGUUUACGAAUGCCUUAUCAACGGUAGUAAAAGAAUUCGCCAAUGUUUCCUUUGGUUCCUAUCCAGUGAGCAAUUACAGGUACUACAAAGCCUUCGUGACUAUAGAGAGCGAUAAUGAAAUUGACACGGAAAGUGCGAAACGACGAUUUUGCGAGCUCAAUCCCGCCCACAUUUUGGUCAAAUUUGACCGAACGCCGCACGUAAAUUGCAUCACGAAGUACAGUAAUUUUCUUCAAAGUUGCCCGCAUCGUCGUUCGUUCUACGAGCAAUCGCUGGAAGAGCUUCGACAGUUUUAUCGAGACUCUGAAAGCGUUUCCAUACGCGUGGACGGCGGCAUAGAGUCUAGCAUCGUUAUUCACCUCGCCCAUAUAUGUAGAGUCCAAUCUAAUUCGAGUGACAAGUUGCGAGCAGUCUACUUCAAAGAGAAGCGGACGUCGAUCCAUCUCGAGGAAUUCAUCAAGGAGAUGAUUGACAAAUAUAAUCUGGCGGUGUGCACCGUGGAGGCCGAGCCCGAUAAAAGCGUAAGCGAAUUAAUAUCCAUGCAAGCGCAUUUGCGAACGCUGCUAGUCGGAGAGGCCGGAGAGGACGGCGUGAAUGAAGUUAACCGUGGUUAUGCCGGCGCGAGUAACACGGACCGAUUGCAAAUCAAUAAUCCUUUGCGUAACUGGACAAACGAGGACGUGUGGUCUUUCGCCUCGUCGCUGAGCCUGCCUUAUGUGACGACGACGACGACGACGACUGCUUGAAGGAAAGCGGGAUCGUUGCCGAGUUGCGGAUUCCUCGGAUCUCUCGCUCACGCACGACGUGGGUUGUGGAUACUUGUGAACAGAUGUUUAAAUUCACAUGGACGAAAUUUAAUGUUCACGUUGGAAUAAAUGUGCAAGGUUAGCCGA